GGCGGAGAGGGGGCCAAGCCCGGAGGGGGAAGGAGGUCCUGCCAUUCAGCCCUCCAAUGUUUCAAGGAACCGAGAUCUUGCUCCUAGAGAGGCAGGAAAUUUUAGAGGAGGGGGGAGAACAAUAUUGAAGGCGAGGGGGUAGAGAGGUCUCCCUUCGUCACCUGAGGAGAGGAGGAGGAAGAGCGCAGACGACGAAGGCAUCGCAAUGGCCUCAGAGGCACCGUCCGGAUUGUCUCUUCCUUGGGACACAGUGGAAAGAGGUGCUGGGCAGCCACCUCAGGCUCCCUUGACCUUUGAGGAGGUGGCUGUGUAUUUCACCGAGGAGGAAUGGGCUCUGCUGGAUCCUGAGCAGAGAGCUCUGCAUAGGGAAGUCAUGGAGGAGAAUUACAAGAUGGUGGCCUCUCUAGAAUCAGACCUGAAUUCCUGUUGGGGAGAAGAAGAUCUGGUGAUCCAGGAUCCCAAACAAGAGGAGAUAUCAGCAGCAGAUGAUGGGCAGAAGAAUGAGAAUUAUAUGGAACCACAGAUGAUGUCAUUGGUAAUAGUCAAAUGUGAACCACAAAAAGAGGUGUUUGGAAAUGAUGGGGAACCAAGAAAGUCUGAAGCAAACCAAUCAAAGAAUGGGAGGAAGAAAUCCUCUACUUCUCAACUUUUGCAUCGAAGAAACCACACAGGGGAGAAACCAUUUAAAUGCAUGGAAUGUGGAAAAAGCUUCAGCCGUAGAGCUAAACUUACUGUACAUCAAAGAACCCACACAGGGGAGAAACCAUUUGAAUGUAUGGAGUGUGGAAAGAGCUUCAGCCAGAAAGGUCAACUUACUGUUCAUCAAAAAACCCACACAGGGGAGAAACCAUUUAAAUGCUUGGAGUGUGGAAGGAGUUUCAGAGAGAACAGUACACUUAUUUCACAUCAAAGAACCCACACAGGGGAGAAACCAUUUAAGUGCAUGGAAUGUGGAAAGAGCUUCAACCAGAGAAGUCAACUUAGUGUACAUCUAACAAUCCACACAGGGGAAAAACCAUUUAAAUGCAUGGAGUGUGGAAAGAGCUUCAGCCGUAGAUUUAAACUUACUGUACAUCAAAGAACCCACACAGGGGAGAAACCAUUUAAAUGUAUGGUGUGUGGAAAGAGCUUCAGCCAGAAAAGUCCACUUACUGUACAUCAUACGAUCCACACAGGGGAAAAACCAUUUAAAUGCAUGGAGUGUGGAAAAAGCUUCAGAGUGAGUUAUGGGCUUACUGUACAUCAACGAACCCACACAGGGGAGAAACCAUUUAAGUGCACGGAAUGUGGAAAGAGCUUCAGUUGCAGCAGUAGCCUUACUUCACAUCAAAGAACACACACAGGGGAAAAACCAUUUAAAUGCAUAGCUUGUGGAAAGAGCUUCAGGCACAUGAAUUCACUUACUGUACAUAAAAGAAUCCACACAGGGAGAAACCAUUUAAAUGUAUGGAGUGUGGAAAGAGCUUCACGGUGAGUUAUUAGUUAACUCUACAUCAACCAACACAUGCAGGGGAGGAAUCUUUGAGUGCAUGGAGUGUGAAAAGUGCUUCAGUGUGAGAAGUCUGCUUACUAUACAGCAACAAACACACAAAGGGAGAAACCAUUUAACUGCAUGGAAUGUGGAAAGAGCUUCAGUUGCAGGAUUAAUCAUACCAUCAAAGAAGCCACAUAGAGAAAAAUGCAUUUAAAUGUAUGGAAUGUGGGGGGAAAAUUAAGUGUGAGUAAUCAGCUUAGUAUACAUCGACAAACACACGUAGGGGAAACUGUUUAAAUGCAUGGAGUGUGAAAAGAGCUUCAGCAAGAGAUAAACUUCCUGUACAUCAACAAAUGCACACGGGAGAAACUAUUUAAGUGCAUGGAAUGUAGAAAAAGCUUCAUUGUUAUUAGUGACCUUGCAUGGAAUGUAGAAAAAGCUUCAUUGUUAUUAGUGACCUCACUGUACAGCAAAGAACCCACACGGGAGAAACUAUUUAAAUGCAUGGAGUGUGAAAAGAGGUUCAGUUGCAACAAUAACCUUACUAAACAUCAAAGAAGCCACACUGGAGAGAAACCAUUUAAAUGCAUGGAUUGUUGAAAAUGCUUCAGAGGUAGGGAAACGAGAACUAAACAUCAACAAACAUACCCAGGGGAGAAAUCAUUCAGAUGUAUGGAUUUUGGAGAAUGCUUUAGUCAGAAUGAUAGCCUUACUUUACAUCAACAAGCCCACAUAGGAGGGAACUGUAUAUAUGUAUGGAAUGUGCAAUAGCAACUUUACAAACCAUAAAAGAAUCCACGUAGGAAAAAACCAUGUAAAUGGAGUGUGGAAAGAGUUUCAAUAUACAACAUCAUUGCCUUACUUUACAUCCAAAAACACACACGGGAGAGACUAUUUAAAUUCCUUGAGUGUGGAGAGAGCUUCAGUAGGAGUAAUGAGCUUACUAUACAUCAACAAACACACAUGGGAGAAACCUUUGAAACUGAUAGCUUGAGGAAAGAGCUUCCGUCAGAAUUGUCAUGUUACUGUACAUCACAGAACAUGCACAGGAGAGAGUCAUGUCAAAUACAUGCAAUGGGGAAGGAGCUUAAGCCAAGCAAUAGCCUUCCUCUACAUGAAAGAAUCCGUACAACGAAGAAGUGAGUUAAAUGCACUGAGUGUGGCAAAAUCUGGGCAGAGCAAUCCUACAUCAAGGAAGCCAGCGUAACUUUAGCUAGGCUGAAGUUAGUCCGUCUUAACGUAUGGCAGAUCCUAACAUCAUUCAGGAGCCCUUGGGAGGGGACAAUUCCAGCUCAGCCAGCAGAGGCCAGUGGAAAGAAAAUAAAACCAGCAAGAUACAGAGCUAUUGUGUGUUUUUCCUUAGACCACCCUUUUUCCUUAUGCCGGGAUUGGGACCCGCAGGGGCAAGCUGAACACAUGUAGGAUACAGCGUAAGUCCUCUUCCCCUUGUUUCAGCUGCUGAAACAGACCCAGAAUGCCCCUUUUGUGGGGAUCUACACUGGUGUAACUUAAUGCCGGUAUUGGUUGAGCCAGCUGAAUUCUGGUUGAGCUGGGUGGGGCUGGCUGAGCCAUGGCUGAGCCGGGAUGAGGGACUUAUACCAGAAUAGCCUGGCUGAGCUGAGACCUACCCAGCUCAGCUGGAGAUCUGCUGUAUCCUCCCUCAGCCCGGCUGAAAUACCUGUAGGAUUGUGCCCUUAAGUGUGAGCAGUAGCCUUACUAGAAAUAACAACUCCAUUCAGAUGCAUGGUGUGUGGAAAGAACGUCAGUGUGAGCCUUACUUUAAAUCUUUAAACUAGUGGACUGGAGGAAUUCAGGUGGGCCAGUGUAGAAUUUAGCAAUGUUAGGUUUGUAGUUCAUUUUAGUCUUGCGGGCUGCAAAGAUUAAAGCCCUGUGCAUCUUGACACCAGCAUACCUAAAAGAUCAUCUCGCUUUUUGUAUACCCAACCAAUGAUUGGACACUACAGGAGAGGACCUCUUGCAUAUACCAUCUCCAUCAGGAAGUACAUUCUGUGUGGUAUAGGAACGGUCUUUAAAGUGGUGGCACCUAUCCUUUGGAAUUCUGUCACUACAUAUCAGAAAAGCACUGUCUCUACUUUCUUUUAUGGGCUUAUUGAAGACCUUCCUUUUUCAACAAACCUUUUAAGUGGAGAUUUUAAUCCCAGUCUAUCUUUAUUGGCUUUUAAAAUGUUUUUAAUUGUUUUGAUGUAUGAAAUGUUUUUUGUUUUCAUUAUUGGUUUUCGAGAUAUUUUAUGGGAAGUGAUUA